GGCAGCUAAUCGGAGCCACUGCAGCACGGGGGGAGCAGCCCUGGAGCCGGGCUUGUCCAGCUCGCAGCUCUCCGCACGCCCGGCGGCUCUGUCCGGCCGUCUGUCCUGCCGAGUGCUCCAGGUGUGGCGUGGCGCGGCUCGCACCAUGCACGGGCGGGGGCUGCCGGGGCUGGUGGUGCUGCUGCUGGUCACCUCGCUGCCAGCCGGCCACCCCGCGCCGCCGGCCGGCCCCCCAGCCCUGCGGAGCGUUUUGGGUAGUCCUUCUUGCCGGCUGUCCCAGACUGAGUCGGAGCUCAGGUGCCGCAUCCCAGGGGGAAAACUGUGCAGUGACAGAGGCAGAUGUGAGUGUGGAGUCUGCAUCUGCCAAGUGACUGAGUCCGGCAAAUACUACGGUCCGCUCUGCGAGUGCCACGACUGGGUGUGUGAGAUCUAUGAUGGGAAGAUCUGUGCAGGCCAUGGGAAGUGUGACUGUGGGAAGUGCAAAUGUGAUGAAGGCUGGUAUGGUGAAGCUUGUCAGUAUCCAACUACUUGCAAUCUUACACGGAAGAAAAGCAAUGAAAUGUGCAAGAAUUCUCAAGAUAUCAUCUGUUCUGGUGCAGGCACAUGUCAAUGUGGCAGGUGUAAAUGUGCAAACUCAGAAGGAAAUGGACUGGUCUAUGGUAAAUUUUGUGAAUGUGAUGACAGAGAAUGCAUAGAUGAUGAGACAGAAGAGAUUUGUACAGGCCAUGGAAAGUGUUACUGUGGAAACUGUUACUGUGAGGCUGGUUGGCAUGGAGAUAAAUGUGAAUUCCAGUGUGACAUCACCCCCUGGGAGAUCAAGAAAAGAUGCACAUCUCCAGAUGGCAAAAUCUGCAGCAACAGAGGCACAUGUGUAUGUGGGGAAUGCACAUGCCAUGAUGUGGAUCCAACUGGUGACUGGGGAGAUAUUCAUGGAGAUACCUGUGAGUGUGAUGAAAGAAACUGCAAAGCAGCAUAUGAUAGAUAUUCUGAUGACUUCUGUUCAGGUCAUGGACAGUGUAAUUGUGGAAGGUGUGACUGUAAAGAAGGAUGGACUGGGAAGAAAUGUGAACAUCCACUUUCUUGUCCGUUGUCUGUUGAGGAAAGUGCUAAGAAAUGCCAAGGAAAUUCUAAUUUACCUUGCUCUGGAAGGGGGAGAUGUGAAUGUGGCCAAUGCACUUGUUUUCCUCCAGGAGACAACAGAGUUCAUGGCAAAAACUGUGAAUGUGAUGAUCGACAGUGUGAAAAUGCAGAGAAUGAUGUCUGUGGGGGCCAUGGUACCUGCUCAUGCGGGCGAUGCAUUUGCCAGGAUGGAUGGUUUGGAAAGUUGUGCCAGCAUUCAAGGAACUGCAACAUGACGGAGGAGGAGAGCAGAAGUCUCUGCGAGUCAGCGGAUGGCAUAUUAUGCUCGGGGAAGGGUUCCUGCCACUGUGGAAAGUGCAUCUGUUCACCACAGGAAUGGUACAUUUCAGGCGAUUUCUGUGAAUGUGAUGACAGAGACUGUGACAAACAUGACGGUCUCAUUUGCACAGGCAACGGUGUUUGUAGCUGUGGAAAUUGUGAGUGCUGGGAAGGUUGGAAUGGAAAUGCUUGUGAAAUCUGGCUGGGCAGAGAAUACCCUUAACAAAGGACAUCAAAGACUGAGGAGGUUUUUUGUUUGUUUUUCUUUAGGCUGCUAGAACAUUUAAUUUCAGAAGUACUCUGUGGCUGUGGGUGUGCAUGCAUGCACAUGUACAUGGGUGUAAAUACGUUAGAACACUCAUUUGAGUGGCCUGCUCCUUAAAGAAGUGCAUGACAAAACUAAAAGAAAAAAAAAAACUAAAAAUGCCUUGGGAGUAGAGCAGUCCAAGCUUUAAAAGUUGAAGUCAUAAAAUACUGGCCCUGUGGGACUUCUCCAGAGUUUUUUGGUAAAUUCAGUGGGACUGAGAUUACACCCCUAAUGCCUAUUUCUUUAGCAACCUUUGGAAAAGAUGUGAGAAAGCCUUUUAUUAAAUAUUAUUUACUUGGUUGUCACCUCUCCAUACCGGUACGCAGCAAUACUCCUGUAGAAGAGUAGCACUAGCUGAAUAUUUGUCAAAAAUAAAUUUCAUUAAUUUUAUGGUGUUUGACAAAUAAAUUUUUUGGCCUUUUUUUCUUUCCAACAAUCCUGAUUAUGCACCAGCUCAUAAACUGAAAGAAGCUGUAAAAAACCUUAUAAAAAAAUUAAUGAUUUUUUAUUUGGUCAAAGAAUUGUAUUUGUAUAAAUGAGGUCCAAUUACCUGACAACCAUAGACUGAAGACCCAAAAUGUUUGAACAGACCCUGUUCACAAGAGAACUUCUUAGUUUCUGUGGUUAACGUGUCAGUAAGUUGGUUAUCUAGUCUACAUACUAUGAUACUUUCAAAUACAUAACCUAUAGGAGUAUAAGGAAUGAAACUAAUAAUGAUAAAAAUGUAUGAUUAACUAUUUUGAAUAUCUAUCCUGCAACUCAUAUGUACUUUUAUCAUACUGUUCUAUGUAUAUACAGUUGCCUAGUCCUCUCUAAAGUAAUGCAAAUGAAAAUUUGUUAUACUAAUAACUUUUAGGAUGACAAUUCUGUAUGCUAUUAGAAAUCAAUGUUUGAAACAGAUUGCACUGUCACACAUGGUAUUCAGUGAUUUUAACUGCUUUUAUAGAAGUGAGGAGCCUGAAGAUCAACUGACUUGAAAAAUCAGCUAUGCUAUGCAGUAACCUGGUCUCAGCCAAAGAUGUUCAGACAAUGGCAACAAAGCAAUUAAAGUUUUAAUAUAGUAAACACAAACAAAGCAGUGGUAUGAACAAAAAUUUUAUUUUUAUUUUCCAAUGGUGAAAUGCUGCUCAGUGUGAAAUUCACAUUGAGUUAUGAACGAUGCACAACUAUUGGGACUUCCCUAAUUUAUUUACAUAUGAGUCUCUUAUUUUUUUUGUACAUGUAGAUUUGGCAGCCCUUGAAUUCUUUAGAGCAAGAAAAGAUACAUACAUCUUAGUUUCAAAAGUGUUUACAUUUUGUGAAACCAUGAUUGAGCAAGAAAUUGCUUAAAUGGCUGGAAAAUAUUUAUUUUUAAUACCAAAGUGUAACAUUGUGGUUUAGGUGCCAAGGUCCUGAUUUUUGAAGAGGUACAUGACUCAGAAAUAAGGGAACUAUAUAUCAACCAGAAAAGAUAUUUCCAUUAUUAAUCUAGAAAUUAGUUUUCUUUUAGAAAGGACUAUUUUGAAACAGGAAAAUGCAGUGGUACAGAAUGUGUAAUAGAAUGCAAAAAAUUUGAAUGCAUUUAUUUAAUCACUUUUAUCAUUCCCCCUUCCCACGUACCUUGCUCUUUCUCUUACUCAUUUUUUUACCUUAACCGGGAUUCCUUCUUUCUAAAAAUGAAGCUUGUGAAACCCAUGUUCUCAGGGAGUAUAAUCACCAAACAUCCAUGCAUAACUUAUAUAGGAGUUAUGCAGAUAAAUAACGAGACAUACACCCCAAAGCUGCUAGCUGAUUUUUUUUUUUUAGAUAACCAAAAUAUCAAGCAGAGUUCUAAAAUGUAUUCAUACAGUAUAAAGAAUCUUCAAAGUAAAAUUCAUCUUGAAAUUAUAGUUUAUAUUUUAUACUUUUAACCUUUAAACUCUGUAGAGCUUAACAGGAAUAUUUUCUUUAAAUUUAACAUAUAUGCAUGUUGUCAACCCUGGUGUUUGGACAGCACAGAUUGUUGGUUUUAUUUAUUUUUAUGAAUACCACUGACUUGAAUCAUCUUAUAAUCAAUGGUUUUUUCGCAUAUACAUUCAUCUGCUGAAUCAGAGUGUAAACAAUGAAAGAUACAAAUUUUCCCUUGAUUUCAUUCCAUCUAUGUUUAGUACUGUAAUAACAAAAUACUAAAUAAUCAGAACUCUUAUCUAGGUUCAGUAGAUGACAUGUUUUAUGGCACAAUAAGCAGAUUUCCAUAUACUGUAGAUAAGCUGUGGUAUUUCAGGUACUCAUUCAUAUGCAAAAGAACAAUUUUUUAGAGGGUUGCAUUGUCAUAUUUGAUGCAUUUUACUUUGUAAUUUGCUUUAAUUUUAAAUUUCUAUACUUAAAAAGUGUAAGGUGAUUCUGAUUUCUUGUUAGAAUUUUUUUAAAAAAACAUCAACUCCAACAUUUUGGCUACUAGAUGGAUUACAUAGCCAUUGCAUUUCAAAAAAUGUCAUCCAAGUUGUUUAUUAAAGGUAAAUACGGAAAAAUACUAGAAUAUUCUAAGACGGCUACUGUCAAUGUUUCAUUAAAAUGUAAAUUAUCAAACAAAAUGGUGCUAUGACUAUAAACCUCGAAGUAUUAACUAAGACUACUAACAAUAUAAUGUGUACAUAAAUUCCUUUCCAAUUUUAAUUCUGUUUCUUAUAAUGUUGCUUGAACAUUCCCUCCGCUUUUCAUGCUGAGAUAACUGGUGAUGUAAUUCCCAGCAGAUUUGUUUUGUGUCUCAUUUCCUUACUAGAAAAAUGAGACUGGAAGAAGUAAGAUUAUUACUCUACAUAUGUGAAAAUAAUAGCUGUAUUAAUAAAAUGGGAUUUUGUACCUCAUUCCCUGUGAUGGGACUCCCAGAUACAUAAAUUGUAAAAGCAGGAAGAGGCGUAAGGGAGUGAAACAUACUGCUUGAUCUUUCAUACCUAGUGACUAUAAAAUCUUG